AUGUGGGGAUUCUCAUUUAGGUAUUUUGCCUUGGCUGGUAAAAGGAGACGUUACAAAAGAGCUCAUAAAAUCCCUGGUCCUCCCGCGUUAGGAGAAAAACUCCUUGCUCAUGUGGACGACCAGGCAGAUGGUCCAUAUGAAUAUACCUUAGUAAAGGAACGCAGACAACCAAGAUCUGCUCCAACGGGAAGAACGAAGAGGCCAAAAAAACGGGGUGUUGAUGGCCGUGUGUGUCACCGUACCAUUAUUGAUAUUCAUUUAGAAGUCUUAGACGAAUGUCAAAAAGAGGAUUUGCAUUCGACAAAGGAGGACUUCCUUAAAAUCCUUGUGGAAGAAUUUAUGGGAUGUGUGUUUAUGGAACAAGGGAAGGUUGCUAAGGAAGAUGUUCCUAAGGAACAGGUCCAAAGUUCAGAUUCCGGGUUUAGGGAAGAAAGACUUUGUUCCUAA